CAACUUAUUUUUAUUAUUUUUACUUUUUUGUAUUUCCCAGCGCUAAGUAUCAAAACUGGAAUAUGCAAUUUCCCCAUUACUACUCCUGGUCUGUUUGCGUGUGAAAAGGUUUCCUUUGAGAAGCCUUUCAAUGGCGGGCAGGAUGUGAAAGUUUUCGUUUCCAAAAGCCACGCAACAAACAGUUCUAGUGGUGGAGAUGGCGCGGCUAUUUGGGUGGAAUCUGUGGAUAAUAAAGAAUUUACAGUUUGUGUUUUAGAGUACGGAGAUGGUUCUAGUGGGACUACGAAAGUGAACUGGAUGGCGCUGCAAUCUGUUCCUGUUGGCGCUCAACUAGACACAGUCUCGUUGGAUUCUUGGACUACUGGAGAAAAGUGUAAAAGGAUCGCCUUUGAAAAGGUUACCGCUGUUUCCCCUUGCGUUUUCGUUAAGUUAAUAGUUCUUACUGAUUUAGGUAUUUCUGUUUGCUCAAACCUAGACACAAGAUUUCACUACGUUAUUUUUUGAGCUUUGCUUGACUGAGUGGCUUUAACUUCCUCUUUCUUUAUUUAGCUCGUAGGAGCUGCGGACUUUCCAUUUGACUUCUUCCUUAUAUCUUUAAGUCAUGCGAUAUAACAUUGUUGCAUUAUAAAAUACGAUUCUUUAUUCGUUUACCAAGAUCUUACAUAUAUUCCUACCUCUAUUUUCUUCCAUUAAAGUUAUCUUGCAAUCUGUCCUCCACUUUUCUUGAUCAUUUCAAUUUUUUUAUUUACAUUAAUACAUCUUUAAAAAGCUUUAACAAUCUUCAUAUUUUUGCUAAUUUUUGCUCUAAAAAAUUUAGUGAGAAAGUCUAUAUUUCGAUUCCUUUUGUAUCUACGUUGCCAGGUUCAUGACUAUCGUUUUAUUUGCUGAUUUUCAAAUUCUGUGUUUAAUUCGUAAAACUCUUCUUAGUUGUUUUUCAUCUGCACUAGGAAAUUCCAUCCAAUUUGCUUCUUUCAAGUUCAAAAUGAUUUUUCCUAUCACUCUUCCAUCGUUUUAUAUCAUACCCUUGUUUGUUUGAAAAAGAAAUGUAAUUAAUUAUUAAUUUUUUUCCCUUUUACUUUUUCAGCGUUUCUCAAUUCCUCCGAGCAUCUACGUAACAGCUCGUCACCAAAUUCUCAAGAGACCUCAGGACGCCUUGGCCUUGUGGGUAGAGGAUGUACGCAGAGAUAGUUUUAAGGUUUGCCUCAGGGAAACUAAGAUUUUUGAUGGUCUGCAUAAAAACAUCAAGGUGGUAAGUGAAUUCCUUUUGUUACCUGUUACAUGUUUGAAAGUAGACUCACACGACAACCAAGCGGUUCCUCCCCUGCUGCAACUUACAGGGGCUGUGCUUUAGCAGAACCCAGUUGCCCCUAAGCUCUACCUUUGCUCUUUGCCUACUAGGAAAUCGUAGCUUUUUUCAUAGAGAUCCUAUGUUGGGUACCCUGUGAUUUACACAGGUUCAGAGCAAUGGGCUAACUUCUCUUAUGAACAACCUUGACUUGAGAAAGAAUAUAUUGAUAACAUUGUUAAUACUUUUUCACUUGUCCUUCAGGACUGGAUAGCAUUUGUUAAGCUGAUGACGCUGAAUUUUACCUUGAUCCAUGGCCUUGUAACAACAAAGAAUAACUCACCACUAAACAAGCAACAAAACAACGCUGUCUGUCAGGUAAAGUAACUAAUGAACUAUAUAUACUGAUUUGGUUUCUCAGUCACUUAUAUUCAUAAAUAGAAAGUCUUUCAUAAGUUCAUGGAGCUCUGAUGUUGUUAUCGUUAACUAUUUAAACAAGAUAUAUCAUAUACCGCAUAUGUGUAGAAAAACUUCAGAGCGCUGAUUCUUUUCUUGUUUUUUUAGAUAAUAAAGUUCAAUGAUGCUUUCUAUGCUCCUCCGGUAGUAAUGGUUUCACCAAGACUCAGUUACCAUAACAAAAACUCUCGUUUCUGGACUUCCGCAACUUGUAACGCAGUUACUGCGUGGAUUCAGGUAACAAAUAUGAAACUUGGAGCCAUUUUUCUUAGUCGUUGCGUCCUUAGGCUGCCUUCUUAUCUUUUCCCUUCUAACUUACUUUUAGAAUUGUCUGUGUUUCAAUUUUUCAUGUCGUUUAAGGAGUCCAAAAAAGUUUUUUUUGUUUUGUUUUUUCCCAAUUUUUCCAACUAACCUGUGCACGUCACGGUUUCGCUUUCUAAACGACCUUGGUGUACCUAGUGACAUAGUAAUUAUGGUAAGAAAAUACCUGAUGAUGCUUAAUGAUUGAUAAUCUGGUACUUCUUAUGAUUGUGUCUAGCAUACCUUUACAAACGAAACCGAGGUGUGUAUGAGAAGAUACAGCAAUAACGCCAAUUAUAAGGACAUCGUACAACUGGAUUACCUGGUGAUUGGAGGUACGUAAACAAUAUAUCAAAACCUUGGUGAAGGCUGUAUGCUGCAGUGUAUCAAGUACAUUUUAUGACAUGAAUGUUUUGAAGUUGUUUCAUGGAGAGUUCUUUCUCUCUACUUGAUGCUAUUUUUUCUUGUCUCUAUUUUGGGGAAUUGUAGAUUUGGUUGAGUGAAAGAACAUGUUACUACUAUAAUUUCGUCGCAAUAAAUUUGUGUAUUCAAGAAAAUGAGAUCUUUUUUUGAAAACUUUAAAGACUAAAUUUCUUUGGCACACUGGUGCUCCUGAUCACGAAAUUAAUAGGCUCAUAUGUGAUGUCAUAAGACAAAAAUUCAGGAACUGAAAAACGGGAUCAUAUGCAUUCUUAUCCUUUUCUUAGAGUCGCCAGUGUUGUUGCAUAUAACUGCAAUGCACCUUAUUGGCAUCUUAAAGCAGUUUCAGUUUGUAAUUAAACGAAAUUUUUGUGGAGUCUAUACUUGUUUUCUUGCAUCUAAAGUCACGUGUCCCUUAAUCUACGUCAGAGCCCCUUUUUUUCUGAAAGGGAUCCGAGUGAAGACUUGCACAAAUGGUGUGCCAAAAUGGCGGUAAAUUUGAACGUGUCAAAAAAUUCUCUUUAAUAACAUUGUGUUCAGAGCAAUUUUUUUUUCGCGCACUUUCUCAUAGGAAUGUGCAUUUUCAAUUCUAAAAAAAAAAAUAUUAAGGUAUGGGCACUUUAAAUCUAAUCUGUUGUUAUUUGCUUAAUUAUCUUCAGACCUGGAUCCCUGCAUAGACGUUACGUGUUAUUAUCACAGCUUCUGUAAGGCGUUUGGACCCCAUGAUGCACGCUGUGUAUGUGUGGAUAGCUGCCCAUCUUACAAAGAACCCGUUUGCUCAUCAAAUGGCACAACAUACGACAACAGAUGUUUGUUUGAAAGAGAAGUUUGUCUACAUCGACUAAACUUUACCUUGCAACAUCCUGGCAGCUGUGAAGGUUAGGACAGUUGUUUUUGAAUCUGUUAAAAAGUGAUAUUUGUUUUUAUUAGAUUUCAGUAUCUUAGCGAAUUUUUUGAAUGAGCUAUUUACUUACCCUUGUAAUCUGGAGAGAAAACGGCGAUAGAUGCGUGACAGGGGCAAUGCUAAUAAGAAUACUGGUCAGAAAAAGUGGCUGAUACACUUAUGUUUUAAGCAUUUUCAGUCAAUCCUCAACGAAAAUAUUUGUUUUUUUUAUAUAUGUAUCACUGAAGCAAAUUUAAAACUGAUUCUUUUCUCUGAGAUUAGUAGUAUAGUAGUAGUAGUAGUAGUCGUUUGUAUUUCGUACCCGGACGUAGCUCUGCCUAACAUAUCUGGAUAACGUCCUUUCCUAGAGUUAUAUUUUUUUAAGCAUAACUGGAACUGAACCUUUUCUCUGCGAGAAGUAGUAGCUACAGUGGAUGCUCACUUUCCUCUCCUUUAGCGCUAAAAGGCUUGACCAGUUGCCACCGUGUAGCACUGCUCAAGUGUAAGUUCUAAUCUCCAUAACUGCUUGCCAUGCUAUUGACCUAAUGCAGUGACAAGCGACACAUUGUCUGCUGUGAACUUUUCCCAGGACUUCUAUGGUAGAGAGUAACAACCCUCUUUAUAACAACCACUCAUUUGCUGCUUUGUCAACAUUUUUAAGUUCUCGUUAAAUGCCCUUUGCUCCGCAUGCUUGUCAUAAUAAUCUAUAGUUCAUCUUGAAAUGUGUUUUCUAGGAUUUCCUUUUCAGCGUGGUCGUCGCCACAUGCCACAUAUUUCAUCCUUGGGCGACUCUCACUGUCAUGCCAUUCAUUUCAAACCGUUUGUUUUUUACCCUGCCAAACCCAUUCAAGUGCGGAUAACUGUCAAUCAUAUGGAUACCAGUGACAAAUCGUAUGUCCAUGACGCGGUAGUAUCGUGGGUUGAAAAUGUGGAUAACGACGGAUUCACUGCUUGUGUGAUGGCGGCAGGAUAUAACGAACGAAAGUCGUAUGCUAACGUGACAGUUGAUUGGAUGGCGUACCAAGGUGCUCCAGUGGGUGGCGUGACUGGUGAAGUGCGCAUGUCACAGUGGUGGACUGGUACGACUUGUGCGACUGUCAUGUUUCCUACAGUGAGUGGCCUUUGUUAGGUUUUCUUGUCCUUCCCAUUCUUUUCAAGAUCAUAUCUUUUGAAACGCCUCACUUCUACUGAGGUCACUCAGUUAAUAACAGAUCGUUUUUAAUAUGCAUCAGCAGUGAUUUGUCGUAAUGGUGCAGCCGUACACUUAUGACCAUUAGUCGCACAACGUCAUGGUAGUACAAAUUAUUCUUUUACCAAUUUCCAGCAUAUCACAAAUCUCUUGGGUUCCUUUUUGCAAUAAAUACGAAAUUGAUUCCUGUUCGUGGCUUUCUAAGAGUUAAGAGUUGCCUGAUUCGGAUUUAUUUUUCAGGGAAAAUUCUCUGCGAUACCGUCGGUAUUUGUGACUGCCAAACAUUACAAUCCAGGAUUAAAACGUGACGCAGCAAGCCUAUGGAUUGAAGAUGUCACACAAUCAUCCUGCAAAGUUUGCUUGAGAGAAUUGCAAAACUACGCUGGAUCACACCAAGACUUUGUUGUUGUAAGUAACGCUAAUCUCGUGGAGUCGAACGAACAACGUUUUUCGUUGGAAACUAAGUGCAGCAGACUGGUAUCUUUCUCCAUCUUAUCUUUUCGCUUUUUUACGCUUCCAGCAGUUGGUCCAGCAGAGAUGCACGAUUUUUUGCUUGAAAAUAUAUUUCCCUCCAUUUGUUUCCUCUUCAUCCGGCUUUGUCAACCCAACCAUGUUAUUGCUUUCUUGUAACCUAAGAUGUCGGUGGCUGUUUUAUAUAAACCUAGUUGAGACAUUACCAUCUUAUUUUCGACGUUGACACAAUUUUUUGGUAGUUAGGACGUGAGACUGAAAGAGAAUUCUUUAUUUUUAUUGUUAUUUAUUUAUUGAUUUAUUUACUUUAUUUCAGAAUUGGUUAGCGUUUUCAAAUCUUCACGAGCCUCCCUUCUCAGAACACAAUUCGAUUUACUUUUCGAAUGAUAAACCUCCCGCACAGAGUCACUAUAAUGCCUUCUGCAAGGUCAGUAUUCCAGUCCUUUUGAUUAGUCUUAUGGGUUUCAAUUCCCGUCACAGUGCACUUAAUUUUAUUGAACAAGAAGACGCCCGAAGGCGUUUACGCGGGAUGUGUUGGUGUAAGAAAGAAUUACUGUUAUGUUGAAUGGCAAUCGAAAGUUGAGUAGUGUAUGCAACAAAUGUGUGCAGGAGAGACGGAGAUGUUCUGUUAAGGACUAAUACACUAGAAGAUAAGUUACACACAAGGGUUCCUUUGCUACCAUAUAUGUAAGGAGUAUGGGAUAGUUCACUAAAAUUUGCAUUCCUUUACUAAUGUCCUCAAAAAAUGCACUUCCACAUUCAACAAUAACAUGUAAUGUAUCAUACUUCCAAUAACUACAGGGCUGCAAGGCUGUGCUCUAGGGAAGAUUUCAGAGAGCCCUUUGGGAUCCCCAAGCAUUUUUAGCUUGGGUGCCCGGGCCUCCAAGUUGGUCGCCCAAAUUCAUAAAUCAAUGAGCUGUUAGUUAAUUAUUAAAAAUGAAACAAAUUAUUUUCUUAACAAGUCAACAGAAUUUUGUGAAUAUUUUUUUCAUGAAAAAUCACAUCCCUUUGACCAUAUGAAAGUAAGUUUUCGUGCCAUGAGAAACAUGGGCAACACCGCCGAAUAUUUCAUGUUUUUUAAACGGAAAAGUAAUAUUCUGGUCUGUUUAUGCAUUUUUUAUAAAAAAGAAAAUUGGGGUCAAAAAUAAGGGCACUAUUCUUUUUACUAAUCAUUUUGAUUUAGGUUGAAAAGAAAAUUUGAUCCCGUGGAGCUUUCCAGGAAAUCUGUUAUGAUUUCAACGAAACCGCGGUGCCCCCCCCUGGGGGGUUACGUGGGUAAUUUUCGCUGGGUAUGUGCCGCUGGCCUCUCAGAGCCCCAAAACCGCAUAUUAGUCACUCUUGGGCAAAUAUGUAAUUUUUGCGAUCCCAACUUAGUCACUUUGUAUUUAUUUAAAUACCUUAUCAAUCCUUUAAAUAGGUCAUCAAAAAAUGAAUUGACCCAUUUUUUAAUAAAUUGAAUGAAGAACACUUUACUUUUCACCUACAGUACAAAUAUCCUGGUACGUUUGCUAACCGUAAAUAUGAACAACUCUCUUAUCCAAAAAAUCCGACAAUGUGCGGCCCAAUUCUAGUAACUCUUUUGAAAAUGCAACCCCAUUAUAGUCAAUCCAGUCGUGAAGAUGCGACCCCAUCCAGCGGCAUAUCUUCCCAUUAGCCUCUUAUAAGGAAGUGCCUCCCCCGGGCCGCUCCAAAACUGUUAUCUCUUUUGAGUAGAUCAUCUUGUUGUAAAGUCUUCGUUUAAGCGCAUAAACGGAUGUAUUUUCUUUCUAUAUUAUCGGUGAAAUGUUCAGGACAAAUGUGGAUUCGGUUAGCUUUUGCGAAUUUAUUUUUAGUAUGUGAUACGUAAUGCCUUGUCACGAUACGAAAGACAGUGCGGGAUUUUAUAGAUUUAUACCCCCUUUAUACCCGAUUCUAGAACAAUCACAAUAAUAGUCGUCUCUUUUCUUUUUUAUACAUCGUAUUUUACUGGAAUAACAAUCUUAGUUAUGUUUUAGCUUCGCAGACACAGCAGUAAAAAAAGGUAAAAAUAUUUAACUAACAGAAAAGACCGACUCUCGUGUUUAUUCAGCGAUUUUUCAAAAUACAAAACUAUUGUUUUGCGUCGCCGACCGUACUUUACGCCUGUCAGAGCAAAAGUAACAAUUUUUUUAGAAAGACUAAUUAAUGAACCAUCCUAAUUUGAAGGAAAAAUUUCAUUGUUUUUAUGAAAAGCUGUUACUAUCGAAAACUGUGCAGCUUGUCACGUUCAUGGUCAAGGAUUAUGUUACAUGUGAAUUCACGUGAAAUGACCUUUGAACAUCAAUACAACGCGUGCCCGAUUUAACAACAUUUUCUUAAAGCUUUUUGAUAGACAUGCUACUUAUUGCUACUUACAAGUCGACCUCAAGAGUUUCGUAGCGAGCGGAGCGUUCUUUUUAAGCCGUGAAGCCACCGAACGAGCUACGAUUUCGCAAGUAAUAAAUUCUAGAAAUUUUAGCUGUUUGACUGUAGAAACAAGAAACCAACACCAGCAAGUCGCCAGGCUGGGCCACCUAGACAAUAUUUUCAGUCGCCCGAGGCCAAGUCUUGCGCCGUUAAUUAGAUCUAGUGCCCAGCCUUUACUCGUCGUCCUCUUAGAGCUAAGCUGUAAUCUUACUUUUCCCUUCUUUGCUGACGCAGUAUCUUUUUUCUGCUUGUGCAAUCCAACCUGACUUGCACGUGAUUCGAAGUUGCAGCCAAUAAAAAUCACACAAUUUUUUUCGGGACGGGCUCGGGAUACGGGAAAGUUAAAAAAACAAGGCAAUUUUUUACUCCCAAGACGACGAAAGGAAUGCGCUACCGAAUUUUUAACGCUGGCUGACUACGUCAUCCCGCGUAAUAAAUUUACUAUCAGAGAGCAAAAGAAAACGGUUGCCCUAUCAUGUCUCUAGUGAUGGUAGUUGCAUUUAGUCAGUUUAGCAGGCUGCCUGUCAUAUUUCAUUGAAUAUUUAAAAUGAAAAUGAAAUAUAGAUUAUAAAUGCCCUAAUGCGGAAAAAAUCUUUACCUUUAUAUAAAUGUCAGAGACUGAAUUGUUACAAUUAUGUAAUUUCUUUUGACAGGACGCUACUUUUACUAAAGUUUAUAACUCAACUCCACAUGUGUUUGUUUCUGCCAAUCAUUCCACCAAAAAUGGAAGUCUAAGUCCAAUUCAUAACAGCAUAGCUGAGUGGGUAGAGGUAUGUUUUUAUUUAUUGAUUGAUCUACUUUUUCAUUUAUUUUAUGAAUUUGUGUAACAUACCACUUGCAACCACACUUACAUGUAUUGUGUGCAUGUUUAAAAACCUUAUGAAUUUCAAAAUACGAAUGACUGUAACUAACACUCUCUAUUUUACAAUACAGAAUGCGUUCUAUUGAGAAUAACAGCUUAUAAAAUACAGAUCGUGCGAAAAACAGCACAAAAGUUAAAUUUUAUCCGUUUAAGUAACGAUCAGGCAUAACCCUUGGCUAGUAAAAUGGCCAUGAAUUAUGGAAAGUCGUUAAAACUGUGUUUAAAAAAAAGCUGUGUAGCUGUAUAGCAGAAGGUAAGCAAAUGUUGUCAAAAAAAAAAAAGCAAUGAGAAAACUAAAACUGAUGUUAAGCAAGAGAGAAUGAGCUAAGAAAGCGAAUUCCUGUGCCCCAUGAUGAUUAUUGAAAUCUAUUGAAAGUUCGCACGCAUGCGAUGAAGGUUAUUUUUAUCUGCUGUUUCCGUGACCCGCGCGGUCUACUUUCCCGUGAACGCGACAUAUUCCGCCUCCAAACAUUUGAAGUUUGACAGCAGUUAUAGCAAUUAUCGCAUGAGAGGUUUAAGUUGUUGACAUGUAAUAACGCGCACUCAAUUGUCCUCUUUCCUCUUCCAAUUGAAGCCCUAUCAUGCAAACUUGUUGAACAGGGUUGAUCACUUCUUAAUAUGCGUCAAACUGAGAAAUAUGGAAAGUCUUCUGGUCAAGACCUACCUGAACUGUCCUAUAGUUUUUUUUUCUACUAGCAAGGGAGAAAAUACGCCGUCCGCCGUCUGUGUAAACUACUUAAUGAGCUGAUAAACAUCCCUUUCUUGCAGUACAUCAACAAGACAGGCUUUCGUGCUUGUGUCAAAGAAUUAUAUGAAGCAAAAUAUGACCCAUUGUCAGUAACGUACACAGUUUUGUCAGGUACUACUGCUACAAAACUAAUCAUAAACUUCAGUACUUACCAACUCUGUGAAUAACGAAAAAGCAAUACAAGCAAUACACAAAAGGAAUGCACAAAAACUGGAAGAAAUAAAAAAAAAUGCAUUCGGGUGAUGAUAAAAAACAACGUUCAUCCCCUUUUCCAAAUACAUAUUAAUGUGUAUAAUAGAGUGCUUUAUAAUACUUGCAGUUGUCUUUCUCCAAUGUAUUGCCUUUAUUUUGUCCUGAACAAAAAGCUUCUGCUUUUCCAUUUCCUUUUUUAAUCACAAAACUGGAAAUAACAAAAAUGUUCGAAGUGCAUAAUUGCACCUAAAGCUAUACAUUUUAAGCAAUGUCAUUUUGCACUUCACUAAUUCCUACUUUUUAUACACACAGACAUCUGUCCAUCUGGAUGGGAUUACUUCAAUGGACACUGCUAUUUAACAAGCUCUGUAUGCGCACUUUGGGUGACUGCUGAGUCCAACUGUUCAACUAUGAACUCACAUCUGGUAACAGUGCACAACCAAGAAGAAAAUGUCUACAUUCAGCACCGUCAUAAUGGAGAGCGAUCAUGGAUUGGCCUUAAUGACCGAAGCGUUGAGGGAUCAUUUGUCUGGACAAACAAGGAAAUAACCAGUUUUCGGCUCUGGGCUCCGCAACAACCAAACAACUGGAAAAACGAAGACUGUGUUCACACUCUGGGUGCCAAUGAUGGCUACACAUGGAACGAUGUGUCCUGCGAUAGCUGCUAUAACUAUACUUGUGUUCAAGGUAAAAGCAGUCAUCAGGUCCGUUUUACAACUUACAUUAACUGAUCUGUUAGUUGGCACUUGAGGUAAUCUAAUCUUCUGUAAAGGGUUGUGGUUCACUUCAAUAUUUUGUGCUAGCAAUGUAACCAAAACAACAAAAAAUUCAUUCACAAAUUGCGAAUGAAUAAAUUAAUGCGACGUUUUUAUAGCCUGUGUACAGCAGACGCCCCCUCCCCUUUUUUUGAGGGGAGGGGGCGUCUGUACACCGUCUACGAUUGGUGAAAAGGAUCAAAAUGAUAGGAAUGCUAUUGAACGUUUCACAUCGUCGGUUGAGUCCAAAAAAAAAAAAAAAGCUAACAAAAAAACAUAACGGGAUAAUAAAGACGCUUGUACGGCUUUAUAGCCAUUCCACUUUUUAGUCGAGCUUGCUUUAGCAGAGCAAGACUCUAAAAAUGCAAGCGCUUUUUUUUUUCGUCGGUCCGUCGCAAAAAGGGGGUAUGCUCCCAGGCGUUCCUAACGGACACCGUGGAAACUGUGGAUAAGAAUCGUCAUGACUUUCAUUGUAUGCAAAUGAGUCUUGUGAUGAGCAUGCGGUUUAUUUUCGGCGAUGACUGAAAUGACGCAUGUAAGUUGAACACGUUUUCCCUUUUUGGCAAUGACGUAAUUUUCCCCAAAUCGAGGCCCUUGAUGUUCGUGUAAUUACUGUAUGCGCGUAUUUUAAAAAAGUAAAUACCCUGAGUAGGAUAAGAAAAUAUUAUUGUGGUGUAUUGACGCGUUACGUUUCUCAGAAUAUUGUCGCAAUUACUGUAACCUUACGGUUAAAUAGAUUCACUUUGUUGUAUGUAUUUAACUGAUAGAUUUUCGCAGUUGCUAAGAUGUGAAGUCGCGUUGCACUCUAUAAUACUUGAGAUAUCAAUGAUUUAACCUUCGAGUACUACUGGAAGCAACUUCAACUACGCGUCUGACGUCACGUAUGUAUCACGGAUGUAUUUAUACGCGUGGCUUUGUACUUGACUAUCAAGCACUCUACUUGCAGCACUUUAUGUCCAUAGAAUAGAAAUCCCAUAUCGAGCUUUUCCGGAACGGGUCGGUCCGCGAAUUCUAUCGCUUGAAAGCGUUGAUUACCAUGGAACAAAUGUAUUUAUGCUCGGUGCGUUGGGAAUUAUGCGUGCGAAUGGAGGUUACGUAAUGCGUACCGCAUUCAGGCGUGUUCAUCACGCUUAUUGUUUGGUUGUGUUUAAAUAGGUUCACCACGUGUUGUGCUCUCACUUUAGGUCAUUUCAGUGGCUAUAAUCGACCGCCUAUAAUCGACCGUCUCUUAAUUUUUUGCUUGCUUAUCAUGUCUGAUAAGGAAGGCGUGGAGGAUCCCAAAGUUAUCCCUGUUGGGUCUUUUGAAGACUUAAGGUCUUACUUUGAUCAAAAAUUUUUACAUUUAAAGCGUGAGCUUUCUGAUGAUCAACUCAAAUCGUCUUCAUCCUUGGUGAAGCAACUUAAGACCGAAACGAGCUUAAGCUUCAAGUUUAUCGGCAACAAGAAGCAGUUCGAUUAAUACUGAGACUUUGGAACACGUCACUCAUAGUCUUUCUUUUGUCGAUUCGCUGAAAUCUCUGGUCGAUCUUGAAAACUCUGAGAAUCAUCAAGUUUCAGCGCUGAUUCUUAAACUCGACGAUUCCCUCAACGCUGCUUCAAAGGCCAUAAAGCGAAGAAACAAGCUCAUCAGAAUAGCGGAUAAAACGGAAGCUGGCUGGGCCGCAGUUGACGAGUAUCUUUCUGACGAAGUCGCUUCCGGUUUUGAAGACGGAAAGAAGAUCCGUGCUGCUGAGCAGAGAGCGUUGCGAAAGAAGAAGAACGCUCGCUGUGCGAAGUCGGGACAGAAGCUGAGUAUUUUAUCUGUUACUUUUAUUCGUUUCCUUUGCCCGUUCUUUAUUUUCUUUAGCGUUUAGGAAGUCGUAUUAUAGCACUGCCGACCUAUUCCUCCUAUACAAUAAAUUCAUUAUUGUGUUUUGUAUUUGCUUGUGUGUGUUUCAUUAUUACCGAGUUUAGAGCAUAAAUAAGUUAUUUUCGGUACGCAGUUUAGAAAAUAAAUGUAUUUAUGCUCGGUGCGUUGGGAAUUAUGCGUGCGAAUGGAGGUUACGUAAUGCGUACCGCAUUCAGGCGUCUUCAUCACGCUUAUUGUUGGGUUGUGUUUAAAUGGGUUCACCACGUGUUGUGCUCUCACUUUAGGUCAUUUCAGUGGCUAUAAUCGACCGUCACUUAGUUUCCUCUUUCUUCCUUUUUUCUUUAUAGGUCAUUCAGCGUCCAGAGACUUCCUCGGGGUUUUCAUCGGCUGUCUCCUCUAUCACUCCAAGAAAUUUUACUAAUUUUCGUCCUCAAAUGUCAAAGGGCGCCUUUGUUAAAGGCCGUUGACAUCUGCUUCGCCUUCGGCAAGACCAGCCAUUUGAGAGCAAGUUGCCCCAACUUAUUCUUCACUGCCGGAUCAACCUACAAACAGAUCCAAAGUUUGUCAAGUAAAGACAGCGGUUCUUCUGGGCAGCAGUAGUUCCAUUGCUGAUAGUAAAGCAGUAAAAGAAACUCUUGAAGGUAUUUUUGACGAAGGUCCAGCUUU